AUGGACCGUUGGUUAUUAGAAGAUUCUAAUAAUUCUGAACAUGAAAUAUAUACAGAAAUUGGUGGACCAACAUCCACUUUAACUAAUCAUGAAAAAUCCUCAACACAUAAUGAUGAGUCUAUAGAAAUAUGGAACAUUUUAAAAUUGUGGAAACUUGAGUGUGUCUAUCAAACUUGCAUAGAUCAGUUUAUAGACAUCGAAGUGUUGAAAUAUAUGAAGUACAGACAUAUUGAAAAAUUGUUGACAAACUUUCCACUUGGUAUACAAAUUCAAUUUGAAAAAUAUGUCAAUGAAUAUCAGCAAAAACAGUUGGGACCACUUGAUAGUUCAUUCUUAGAAACCAAGUCCAUCCCAUCAACUUCAACUCAACGUUUCGUUUCAUCAAACUCCUCUACAAAGAAUUUAUCAGAAAAUUGUUUUGAUUUAACUCAGAUUUUAACUAGGAGUACCCAAGGUCCAUUGAUUGUAGACUAUUAUUUUAAACACAAACAUCUGAAUGAAUCAUGUCGUACUUUACUUGUGGAAAUUAUCAUAAAUGAUUUUAUUAAGAGAAACCAGACUAUGACUAUCAAUCUAUCCAAUGAUAUAGCCAAUGCGAUUUUACUGACAUUCCCAACUGAAAUAAAGGAUGUAUAUUUUUUAAGAGAUGUACCUUGUAAAGUCCCGAAAGGUAAAAUUUACUCAAAUAUUUCAUACAAUGAAAAAUUACAAGGUGUUGGAUUAAAAAGUAGUAAAACACAUGAACAUAAUAAGAAAAUUGUUUGUAGAUCUGAAGAUCAACUUAAUCAUUCACUUGAAAUCGAACCGGAAUCUGAAGAUAUGUGUGCAAAUUUACAAGAUUCAGAUUUAAGUUGGGUUGAAGUUGAAUUGAUUUGGAAAAAACUACAAAUUUCAGGCUUCAAUAUAUAA